GGUUGUGCCAAACCAAAUAGUUGGCAAGGCCAGGAUUAGAAAGCAGAUUAUCCCAAACAAUUAGCACUGCUUGGUUCGGGAAUAAAGAAACAAGGGGAAAACAGGGGAAUGAAAGGAAAAUUCUACCCAGAAGGGCUCAAGACAUCUGUAAAUAAAAAAGAGCCCCUUUUCCUACAAAGAAAUUAAGAGAAUAUCCCAAAUACCUAGAGACACAACCUUAGAGCUUUGCUUUGGUGGGAUCUGAAAGUUACUAUGCAUCUUGCAAUAGCGUUACUCCUCCUGUUGGAAGCAAUUAAUGCUCAGUUUCCCCGAGAAUGUACUACAGUGGAUGCACUGAUCCAAGGUGAAUGUUGCCCAGACCUGUCUCCCGGAGUGGUUCCUGGUUCAGAUCGCUGUGGCUCAUCUUCUGGAAGAGGGCAGUGUGUACAAGUGAUAGCAGAUUCCCGACCCCAUGGACCUCAAUAUAUGCACGAUGGUCAAGAUGACCGUGAGCAGUGGCCUCUUCGUUUCUUCAACCGAACUUGUCGGUGCAACCACAAUUUUUAUGGAUACAACUGUGGCUCGUGUCGACCUGGCAGGACUGGUCCCACCUGUGAUCAGCAGAUUAAUAUAGUUAGACAAAAUCUUCUGGACUUCAGUAGUGAAGAAAGGAGAGAAUUUCUAAGAGUCUUACAGCAAGCCAAAACAACAACACACCCUGACUUUAUGAUCGCAACAAGGAGACAUGAGGAGAUCUUGGGUCCUGAUGGCAAUAUUCCACAAUUUGAAAAUGUGUCCAUUUAUAACUAUUUUGUGUGGUCUCAUUAUUACUCGGUCAGAAAAACUUAUCUUGGGCCUGGACAACAAAGUUUUGGUGGAGUAGAUUUCUCCCAUGAAGGACCAGCAUUUCUCACCUGGCACAGAUAUCACCUGCUACAACUGGAAAGAGAUAUUCAGGAUAUGCUACAGGAUCCUUCUUUUGCCCUUCCUUAUUGGAACUUUGCCACAGGUAGGAACAGCUGUGACAUCUGUACAGAUGAUCUCAUGGGAUCCAGAAGCAGCUUUGAUGACUCUCUUAUCAGCCCCAACUCAAUCUUCUCCCAGUGGCGCAUCUUGUGUGAGGCUAUUGAAGACUACGAUGUAUUGGGAACCAUUUGCAACAGCACAGAAGGUGGUCCAAUUAGACGCAAUCCAGCUGGAAACGUAGCCCGUCCCAUGGUGCAGCGCCUUCCAGAGCCUCAGGAUGUUGCUCUUUGCUUAGAAGUCGGAUUCUUUGACACGCCUCCAUUCUACUCCAAUUCAGCAGACAGUUUCCGUAACACCAUAGAAGGCUACAGCAAUCCUUCAGGAAAGUAUGAUCCAGCAGUGCGAAGCCUUCACAAUCUGGCUCAUCUCUUUUUGAAUGGAACUGGAGGGCAAACUCAUUUAUCCCCAAAUGACCCCAUUUUUGUCCUCCUCCACACGUUUACAGAUGCUGUUUUUGAUGAAUGGCUGAGAAGGCAUAAUCCUGAUAACUCAACAUACCCACUAGAAAAUGCCCCCAUUGGACACAACAGACAGUACAAUAUGGUACCAUUUUGGCCUCCUGUAACCAACGAUGAGAUGUUUGUUACAGCACCAGAAAACCUGGGCUACAGUUAUGAAGUUCAGUGGCCAUCUCCAGCUCUCCAUGUGACUGAAAUCAUAACGAUUGCAAUAGUUGCUGCUUUGAUCCUGGUUGCAAUUAUAUUUGCGGCUGCCUCUUGUAUUGUAUAUUCUAAGAGACAGGAGGAACAUCAGCCACUUCUCACGGAUCAUCAUCUGACAUAUUCAGAUGAUUAUGACAGCAUUCCAACUCCGAGGCAGUCAAAUGUGUGAAGAUAAGUGACUUAUCUGCAUUUGAUGGCAUCUGUUGUGUCUGAUGCAAGCUUUCAAAAAAGCACAUUUCAGAGUGAGAAAAAUCUUCCUUUAUUAGUAUUUAUAUCUCAAAUCCAUAUUCUUUCUUAGACCGGUUCAACGUUUCUGCUGAUUUCACCCACUUCAAUCCUGUUCUAAUCUACAGUAUGUUCACAUUAUAAAAGACUAACAAUGAAUAUUUUACAGAAGAUAAAGUAGUUAUUAAGUGUGUAUUAACUGCUUUUAUGUGGAAGAUGGUGCAAAAAUUAAGUUUAUGCUGAUCUUGUUCUGAGAGCCAGUUUGAUGUAGUAGUGAAAGCAUCUGGCUAGAAACCAGAUCAUGAGUUCUAAUCCCAAUUUAGGCAUUAAGUUAGCUGGCUGACCUUCGUCAGUCACUCUCUCUUAGCCCUAGGAAGAAGGCAAUGGCAAACCACUUCUGAAAACCUUGCCAAGAAAACUUCAGAGACUUGUCUAGGCAGUCUCUGAAUUGGCCAUGAUUGAACAGAAGGAAAAAAAAAAACUUGUGGUAAGAUAUCACAAAAUACUACUAGCACCAAGGGAAAAGCUAUCCUGUUUUUUAGGAUUCAGUCACGAGUUAGUUUCUCUCUGUACACCUCAAUAGCAAGCUAAUUCUAGCAUCUCAGCAACCUAUAUCUAUGUGCUUUUCUGGAACUAUGUUUAUAUUGAGAUAUGCCCAAAUAAGGCUCUGAGCAUUUUUGGGAAAGAUUCCCUCAAAGAGAUAUUAAUAUUGUAACUCCUGAAUCCCAAAGAUCCAUCCACAUCCAUCCAUCCAGGUUAGGCAUUUGUCCAAUCCACUGAUUAUAUCAAAGAAGAUCCUCUCAACCUCCUCAGGCUGAACAAGAUCCCUGUGUAAGAGGUUACCUCACUCAUCAUGCUAGAUCACGCCCAGCUGCAUUCAAUCCAACCAAACACAAAUGACUAAAUCUGAAAAGGAACUGGAAGACAUUAUCUAGAGCGGGGGUCCUCAACCCCCUGGGCCGUGGCCCACUAUCGAUCUGCAGCCUGUUCAAAACUGGGCUAUGCAAAUGGCACUUUGCCCAUAAGCACUCUCUGUUCGUGCGAGUAGAGCUUCAUGUGCAAGCACAAACUCUGCCAGCCGCUCACACCAGUGGAGCCGUGUGUGCAUGCGAGUGUGUGCAUGCCACACACACACACACGGGCUUGGCCGGGCCACCAAUCUGGAAAGGAUGGGGACCGCUGUGCUAAAGUAUGUCUUGCCUUUCCUGCCGUAACAUAUCUAAGUAAUUCUGAGCAGGUUCAUUGGACAAAGAUGUAAUAAGAAUGCAGAACUAUUCAUACUUUGCCAUUCUUAUCAUGACAGUGGAGGCCCAAAUCUGGAUUCAGUCAUAUUCACUCCAGGAUUCCUUUGCCAAUAUCAUUCCAGGCAAAUCUAUGGUGGCUUUAUUCUCCAAAUUGCCUCAGUAAAUCAAAGGCACCCCCCCUUCCCCAAGGAUAAGCAACUGUAGAGAGGCACAUGGGAGCAAUCUUGUCCAAUGCCCUAAUCAUUUCUAUACAGGUAGUUGUUGACUUAAGACAUUUAUUUAAUACCCAUUCAAAGUUAUGAUGGCACUGAAAAAAGGGACUUAUGGCCAUUUCCCACAUUACAACCACUGCAUUGUUCCCACAAUCACAUCAUCAAAAUUCAGGCACUUGGCAACUAGCUUGUGUUUAUGAUUUUUGCAGUGUUCUGGAGUCAUAUGGUCGCUGUUUGUGACCUUCCCAAGCGGCUUCUGACAUGCAAUGAGGAAGCCAGAGAACCCAAAUUGGCUUAAUGAUUCACUUAAUGACCAUGACAAUUUGCUUAACAACUGUGACAAAAUUCAUUUAAUGAUCAUUAAGCAUUGGAAGUUCUGGUCCUAACUGUGGUGAUAAGCUGAAGACUACCUAUAUUCCAAAGAUAUAUGAUGAAACUGUCUUUAAAAUCACUGGAAAAAUCCCCAAAUGCAUUCAGAAAACCCCCAGGAUCCAUCAGAUAUCUGGCUUUGUACCAUCUGAACUAGUCUCCCAUCUUCCCAGACAUAAAGAGUACCAACAAUCUAGAACUUGAUGAGAAAAUAAGUUUACUGCAGCACAAAACUGAUAUAAAAAUAUAAUCCAUCCUCAGAUUCUCUACUGUGAUCUAACACACACCUCCUUGCGUGAACUGGGAUUUAAGAUCAGCUGGGAUAAACCCAUAGUUGCAAAAGAGCCCCAAAUUCCCAAAUCCCUCUGAAUAUAGCAGUCCCAGAACAACGAAUAUGACAAGAUGUUUUGCGGGGGGGGGUUGUUUUUUAUUCAGAUAAUCUGUGCCUUUUCAGAGGAAAAAAAAUCAUUAAAUCAAGCACAUUCUUAAACUGUAAUAUGAACCAUUACUUUGGCUGUUGAGAAAAAAAAGAGAACACCCAUAGCUUUUGUAUGUGUGCUACUUAUUCCUUUGCUUCUAUUUCACUUUUCCUUUAGAACCUCAGGGCUGUAUAUACUGUAUUUCCUCUUCCCUUUUCCCCCCAUAACAACAACUCUUUGAGAUACUUGAGCUGAGAGAGAGAGAGAGACUGGCCCAAAAUCCUCCAAGGUUUUCAAUGGCUAGAGUGGACUACAACCUCGGUCUCCCCAGAUUUGUCAACAGAUAUGUCAACUCGCGACAUCACGUGAUGUCACGUGAUGUAUUGGGACUGUUUUGCCAUUGCCGGCAAUGGGGUGGGCACGGCUUCCAUGUGACACAUCCAGCCCGUGGGCCAACAGUUUGACACCCCUAGUUCAAGCUCAUUUAAUUUUGUUCUGAUAUCAGUACAUCAGAGAUCAAAGGUUUCUUAUUAACCCUACAACAUUUGAUCUGCCCAGAGAAGAGCAAUUUUAGUGGGUUAGCAGCACAGAAAAUCAUGUGCUCAUUAAUUCUGGUGGACAGAAUUCUUGGCUUUCCUUAGUUAUGUUGGCUGAACCAUAGCGCUGAAUUGUCGUGUCGAGUUUAUGCACAGCUGAUAUAAUUUCCAGUUUUGAGGGGAAGGGGGUUGUUCCCUCUUCCUGGGUAUAGAUUUAAUUAUAUUAUUGUGAUUAUAUUCCACAGCUAGUCUACGCUGAAGUGAAUAAGUUCUGCUAGGUUCAGUUUAGUUAAGUUUAGCAUGGAUCAGCACAGGGCAGAACAAUAAGAAAAUAGUUUCUUGGAUUAAAAUUGAACUUAAAGAUGGUAAUAUUUGCAUUGUUCUUAAAUAAAUGGUGUGAGAUGUUAAAGUUCAUACAUGAUUCAAAGGGAUUGUGAAGUUCAAUGAUAUUUAUAAUUCAAAGAAAACAGGGCUUGCAUUGUGUAUGUGCUGUCAAAAUGUUACAUUUCUGAUGAUUAAAUAAAGGACACAGAUGGAGAAAAUAGAUGAUAGAGAAAUAUAUCAGAGAGUGUAAAUAUUUAUAUGAGGAAGAGCACUGACUGUGACAUUGACCAAGAAGCAUUAUAUUUGAUAUUUGGGGAUCUCACUGGCAGUGAUAUUUCUUAGAAGUAUAUAUUAAUUGCUUUAAACACAAGUCACAUACUUUCUCUUUUGCCAUCAUGAAGCUACCUGACUACAAAUGAGCAAAUAAGAUCUACACAGUUGAUUUAGCCCCGGGAUUACAAGCCCAAGAAUGAACAAUUGUUUAUCAGUUGUUUAAGUGCUCCAGAUUUCCUACAAGGAACAGGCUAGCUGGCAAUAAAAGUAGGAGCUUUUUUAUUUUUUUAAUAAAGGAAAAAUCUUCAUCAUGAUCCAGUCAAAGCCGGGAAUAAACAAGAUGGCGACUGCUUUAGAAAGAAGGUUGUAAAAUCUUCAUCAAAUAGCUGAGGAAAUAAGAGGUUGGCAGAUAUAGCUAGAUAUAGCUACAUCAAUUUUGUAAUGGAAUAGGGUUGUCUUAGGGAAAACUUCUCCCAAUUACAUCUGUCUGUCCCACCAAAUCCAACAGAGAGACAAUGCUUCUGGUUCCAAUAGUUAGGGAGCUACAUUUGUUGGGCUGUAGGCAAUGAGCCUUUUCCGCUGUGACCCCAUAUUAUGGAAUAUCCUCCCCAUCUUGAAGUGAGGCUGGCUUCAUCAUUUUUGACUUUCCAAAAAUCUCUCAAGACCUGCUUGUGCCAUCAGGCCUAGGAACCCCAGGGCACUAGUGAAUUAUUGAGGUGGCUCUGUUAUUAUUUACAUCACUUCAACCAUUUUUUUUCUUUUUAGCUUGUUUUUAUAUGUUUACAACAAUAAUAACAACAAUAAUUGUUUGAUAAUUAGUAACUAAUUUUUUUAGCCUGGUUGUACACCAUCCAAAGUCACUUGCUUUGUAAAAUGGAUGGCUAUAUAAAUUAGACAAUAAAUUUGACAAUAAAUAAA